UUUAUCGCGGCGUCGGCGUCAUUUAAUCCACGGGAGAGCUCACGUGAUCCUCUAUACUGGAUUGCCAAUUCGUUAAUGUGCAUACAUACGCGAACCUGUGUAUGUAAGUAGACGUAACCAAACGAGAUUGUUACAACGCGUUUAUCUGCUGCAUACAUACAAUGCAUGCAUGAAUUGUUGAUUCAUUACCAGUGUGUGGUACAAGGCAGACGACAAAAAUAUCUUUUCCGUUCGUACACAUAUGUCAUAGUAUAUGCGAGCUGCACGCGCGCAGCGAAUAUUUUUCUCACUGGUUGCUCUGCUUCUGUCGGUGCUGACUGCUGAUGUUACGCACGCGUUACACUCUUAAUUGGCGGGUAUUCUCACGAGCGCCGCAGACAGAGCAGAAACAACGAAAACUCCACGAGGCCUUAUCUCGUCUGCAACUUGCCACAACACAUAAAUCUUCGGACUUUUCAUUCUUAAGCACCGGUCAAGUGUCAAGCUCAUUAGAAAUGGCAAAAGAACUAAGAGAAGGACUAGUUGUUGGUAUUGGUAAUCCUCUUUUGGACAUCUCUGCAGCAGUAGAUGAAGACUUCCUGAAAAAGUAUAAUUUGAAAGCCAAUGAUGCAAUUUUGGCCAAUGAAGAGCAUAAACCAUUGUAUGAUGAGCUCAUUGAACAGUACAAUGCAGAAUUCAUUGCUGGAGGUUCUGUUCAAAAUACAAUGAGAGUUGCCCAAUGGCUUUUGGAAAAACCUAAAGUGGCAAUUUAUAUGGGAUGCGUUGGAAAAGAUAAAUAUUCAAAAAUCUUGGAAGAAAAAGCUAGAGAAAGUGGUUUGAAUGUGAAAUAUCAAUAUACUGAUCAGGAAUGCACAGGAACCUGCGCUGUGUUGAUCACAGACAAUGGAAAACAUCGGUCACUUUGUGCAAACUUGGCAGCAGCUAAUUGUUUCUCACCUGCUCACAUAGAAGUUCCAGAAAAUAGAAAACUAAUUGAUGAUGCUCAAUAUUUUUAUGUUUCUGGAUUUUUCUUGACAGUUAGUCCAGAAACGAUACAAAGUGUAGCACAACAUGCUUUUGAAAACAACAAAGUAUUUGCAAUGAAUUUGAGUGCUCCAUUUUUAUGUGAGUUCUUUAAAAAACCCAUGAGAGCAGCUCUACCCUAUGUUGACAUUUUAUUUGGAAAUGAAACAGAAGCUGAAGCUUUUUCAAAAGCUAAUGAUUUGGGAACAACAGAUUUGAAAGAAAUAGGACUUAAAAUUUCAAACAUGGAAAAAAUAAAUACUAAGAGAAAAAGGAUUGUCAUUAUUACUCAAGGUGCUCAUCCUGUUUUAUUGGUCAAAGAUGGUGCUGUUACAGAAUUCCCUGCAGUCAAAUUACCAGAAGAAAAAGUAAUUGAUACCAAUGGUGCUGGAGAUGCCUUCGUUGGAGGUUUUCUUGCUCAAUAUAUUCAAGAUCAUAGCUUAGAAGUAUGUAUAAAAUGCGGUAUCUGGGCUGCCACUAAAAUAAUCCAAAGAUCUGGCUGUACGUAUGAGGGUAAACCGGACUUUGCACCUGUGUAAGCUUCAAUUUUUUGAAGUUUAUGUUGUACAUUGUACUUAAAAUGAAUCAAAUGAAGAUUUGGGUUGUAGUUGUUUCCUAUUAAAAACAACGUUGAUAGAAAACACAUUUUUUUUUGACACAAGCACUCCAUUUUUGGAGAAUAAUCAUGUUGUAACUUGACAAAUCACAAAAAAGCAUAACUUUAUUUUGACAUUUUUUUCAAGAAUCUUGACAAAGGCUGCCUGGGUAAUUCUAAAAAUGCAAAUAUGUAAAAAAGAUCAAUAAAAUUAUUAUUUUUUUAUUAAAAUGUAACUAUUAAAUAUUUUCAUACUGCAAAAUGAGCUCAAAUGUAUAUAUACUUUUUACAAAUAUUUUUAUAUUGAUGAAUUAAGCUUUACUCAAUGUCAAGUUCAAUUUUGCAUAUUGUUCAUCAUGUCCGCUCAUAGUCUGUUUGUAUUACAUAAAAAUUGUUAUUAUUUUUUAAUACUAAUAUGAAUACAAUUUCUAGGAAUGAACUAGUGUUGAUCAAAAUUGGAAUCACUUGAAGUUAAAUUUGAUUGUUAAAAAUGCAUAUAAUUUAUGAAUACAUGUACACAAAGAUUUCUCUAAAAUACAUUCUCGUGAAAUUUAAAAAAAA